UCGACAAUGGACCGAGUUUAUGAAAUUCCUGAGGAGCCCACCGUGGAUCCAAUUUCAUCUCUGGAGGAAGAUGUCAUCCGUGGGGCCAACCCUCGAUUUACCUUUCCAUUUGGCAUCCUCUUCUCCACCUUUUUGUACUGUGGGGAGGCUGCAUCUGCCUUGUACACGGUCAGAAUCUACCGAAAGAAGAGCGAAACCUACUGGAUGACAUACACCUUAUCCUUCUUUAUGUCUUCAUCCAUUAUGGUCCAGUUGACCCUCAUUUUUGUUCACAGAGAUCUGGCCACGGACAAGCCGCUGUCAUUGUUUAUGCAUCUAAUCCUCUUGGGACCUGUUAUCAGAUGUUUGGAGGCCAUGAUUAAGUACCUCACACUGUGGAAGAAAGAGGGGCAGGAGGAGCCCUAUGUCAGCCUCACCCGAAAGAAGAUGCUAAUAAAUGGCGAGGAGGUGCUGAUAGAAUGGGAGGUGGGCCACUCCAUCCGGACCCUGGCUAUGCACCGCAAUGCCUACAAACGUAUGUCACAGAUCCAAGCCUUCCUGGGCUCAGUGCCCCAGCUGACCUAUCAGCUCUAUGUGACUCUGAUCUCUGCAGAGGUUCCCCUGGGUAGAGCUGUGCUAAUGGUCUUUUCCCUGAUCUCUGUCACCUAUGGGGCUACCCUCUGCAAUAUGUUGGCUAUCCAGAUCAAGUAUGAUGAAUACAAGAUUCGCCUUGGGCCAUUAGAAGUCCUCUGCAUCACCAUCUGGCGGACAUUGGAGAUCACUUCCCGCCUCGUGAUUCUGGUGCUCUUCUCAGCCACCUUGAAACUGAAGGCUGUGCCCUUCUUAUUGCUCAACUUCCUGAUCAUCCUCUUUGAGCCCUGGGUUAAGUUCUGGAGGAGUGGUGCCCAGAUGCCCAAUAACAUUGAGAAAAAUUUCAGCCGGGUUGGCACCUUGGUGGUGCUGAUCUCCAUCACUGUUCUCUAUGCGGGCAUCAACUUCUCUUGCUGGUCAGCUUUGCAGUUGAAACUGGCAGACAGGGACCUCGUUGACAAAGGCCAGAACUGGGGGCACAUGGGCCUGCACUAUAGCAUAAGGUUGGUAGAGAACGUGAUCAUGGUUUUGGUUUUCAAGUUCUUUGGAGUCAAAGUGUUACUGGAUUACUGUCCUUCCUUGAUUGCUUUGCAGCUUAUCAUUGCUUAUCUGAUUUCCAUUGGCUUCAUGCUCCUUUUCUUCCAGUACCUGCACCCAUUGCGCUCACUCUUUACCCACAACGUAGUGGACUACCUCCAUUGCGUCUGCUGCCACCGGCACCCUCGGGGCAGGAUUGAGAACUCAGAGCCAUCCUGUGAUGCUGAAGCAAGGCAAAGCAUUGUCUGAGAUUCUGUCUUCUGGGUCUUUUGGGAUAGGCUGGGGGUGGCCAAGAGCAACUUUGAAACUGAAGGAGAGGAUGAGGCUCAUAGGUGAGUACCCACUGGGACAUUUUCUUCAAUUUUCUGGUAAGCCUCUAAGAAGAAAGGGCAGCUCCCAAAUAGGAUUUAUUUCCUUAAGAUUGACUGCUAUGUUUGGAAACCCAGGGUAGCUAUUAUAAACCAAGAAGGGUCAGAGAUACUGUGAACCCCCCUCCCACCCAGGGCAGCUGUUUGGCUGCCCUAGGGGAUAACUUACCUCCAAGCACCUUAAGCUCUCUGGAUGUGAUCUUGUAGCUCUGCUCAUUUGCUCCAGGGCAUUACUGAGCUUUCCUAGGGCUGGGAUGAAGGCCCAGAAUUCCACCAGAAUCUGAUCAGAGGAUGUGACAACUUGCUAAUUAUGGGCACCUCCCAGGAAACUGGCUGAUUAAUGUGGAAUUGUAACUGUAAGCAUGGCUGGUUUUUUUUUUUUUUUAAUUCCAUUGAGAAACUGUGGUUUAAGAAACAAACCCCUACUAUUAAAAGAGCUGCUCCCCAAACAAGUUAGCUUUCCAUUCGGAUUUUACUAGUGAUCAUUCAUCAAAGACCUCUCUUUUCAAGCAGCCCUUCCUAGGCACACUCCGAGGAGGGAGUGUGGAAUAGAAUUCCUGCAGGGCAUAAGCCGGAAUGACUCUUUCUCAGGGACCUGCAGGGGCAUCCAGCUUGUGGAAUGGAGUGUUUGAGUAAAAUCUCUCACUUCGUGCCUCGUUAUCAGGAAUUCCCUCCAACCUGGUUUUUCUGUGCUCUUGUCAUUUUACUACUUGAGAUCUCAGAGAAGUUGAACUGUAAUUGAAAAUGUUUCUAAUGUAUGGAAGGAAUGAAGAUUGUGUUAUGUCU